AUGGAAGACUCGUCAGCUAGCGUGGAGGAAUUGUAUCGCUGCUUACGUGAAAUAGAGGAAAAGCAAAACCACAACGGCGUGGAUGAGUUGCGAAACCUAAACUAUCUGCUUUACACGGAAACGAUCGAAAUAAAUGAUGAAAAGCUAUCGGCCCACGUGCUGGAGGAUGGCUUACGCAAGUAUCAAAAUCUGAUGAUAGAUCCCGAGGGUGUGAACAAUUAUUGUGACGAUGUAAUCGAACUUCUCAACAGCCAGGCUCCGGAGUCGUUCGACGAUGACUAUGAAAUAACAGACACCGCACUGGACGAUCCACUUUCUUAUCUAACAAACGAAGACAAAGAUUGUCACGGACAGUAUGAAAACUGUUCCAAAAACGAAUUAUCCACAGCCACACUUGCAACGAUUCUCAACCAUUCGGAGCGAAGUGAAGAACCGCGCUCCAUAGUGAGUCGAGAGGGUAGCAAGAUAUCGUCCUCGACGAACGGAGGUUCGAACAGUUUUCCCGUUACUGAGGGUACUUCUCGGCAAGCAUCUGCCACCAGCGGCAAUCCAACUUUCACUCCAAAAAUUCCCAUUUCUAAACCGCCUUCUAAAUUUGUCCCAACAUUGCCUUCGGUAUCAGACAAUAAGGCCAAACCUGCUCAUCAUGAUAACGAUGAUGGAAGUGGUAGUGGUGCUUUUCGAACCGCAAAAGAUGAACUGCACAUACAGAAUAUGAAGAAAUACGGCACAUCGAACAUCUCUAGCAAGGCGCCCCUAUUCGCGUAUGGCCGUAAAACACUCGGAGGUCGACGAACGUUGGGUAGUAAGUUCGUUUGUCCUGUACGAUCUGACAGUGAUGAUCGGACAGUAAGACCGCAUAACAAUGGAUCCGAAUAUGGUCGAACAGUGGACGGUCAGGAUACCAGUAGCAACGACGAUAGUCAGGAGGACGAGAUCGACGAGCGGCUGAAGAACAUUGAUCCGAAAAUGGUAGAACUGAUCCGAAGCGAAAUCAUGGACCGAUUUCAACCACUUUCCUGGGACGAUAUUGCUGGGUUGGAGUAUGCCAAAACGAUUAUCAAGGAAGCGGUCGUGUGGCCGAUCCUGAGGCCCGAUAUUUUUACCGGAUUACGGAAGCCACCCCGCGGUAUACUGCUGUUUGGUCCACCCGGAACGGGCAAAACCCUGAUCGGUAAGUGCAUCGCAUCGCAAUCGAAAUCAACGUUCUUUAGCAUCAGUGCUUCAUCGCUGACCUCCAAAUGGAUCGGCGAUGGGGAGAAAAUGGUACGGGCACUGUUCGCGGUCGCUGUCGUACACCAACCGGCCGUGGUGUUUAUCGACGAGAUUGAUUCACUGCUUUGUCAACGGUCCGAUACGGAACAUGAAAGUUCGCGCCGUUUAAAAACGGAAUUUUUGGUGCAGCUGGACGGUGCUGCAACGGCGGAAGAUGAGAGAAUUUUAAUUGUGGGUGCAACGAAUCGACCACAGGAGCUAGAUGAAGCCGCACGACGUCGGUUGGUGAAACGAUUAUACAUUCCACUGCCGGAACGCAUGGCUCGCAUUCAAAUUUUAACCCGAUUGUUGGAGCGAGAGCGCAACAGCUUGGUGGCGGAGGAUGUUGCACGCAUCGGUGACCUUACGGAAGGAUUUUCUGGUGCUGACAUGAAGGUGCUAUGCCACGAGGCUUCAAUGGGACCGAUUAGAUCUAUACCGUUUGAACAGCUGGGAGAAAUUGCGAAGGAUCAGGUUCGGCCGAUAUGUUACGAAGAUUUCCGGCUGGCGUUAUCUAAGGUGAAGGCAAGCGUGUCCCCGGAUGACCUACAACAGUACGUCGUUUGGGACCGAACCUAUGGUGCGGGAGCAACUUAA